GAGAGAGAGAGAGAGAGAGAGAGAGAGAGAGACGUACAGAGAGAGUGAGAGUGUGUGUAAAAGGCAGGAGGUAUGCCAGGGGAGCGCGAGGGCCAGGAGGGAGCGGAGCAGCUGAGUGAGAAACCAAAGAGAGAGGAGGAAGAGGAGGAGAAUGAUGAAGAUGAAGAUGUAGUGGAGGCUAUGCGCGCGUGUUACCAGGGCUUCGACCCGGCCGCCUACCUCCAGUUCAACUACACGCCACCGCGAGCAGACUUCCAACGCGCCGACAGCAUCGUGCCCUGGAAACUGGCCUGUCUGCACAGGGCCUUUACAGAGGGAGACGUGCGUGGGGAGGUGCUGGUGGACGUGGGUUCCGGUCCCACCCUGUACCAGGUGAUGAGCGGUUGUGAGGUGUUUGGCCGCGUGGUGCUGACUGACUACCUGGAGGCCAACAGGAGAGAGCUGCAGCGCUGGCUGAGGGACGGCAGCAGCAGCCUGGACUGGAGCCCCUACCUGGAGCACGUCUGCAGACUAGAGGGCCGCAGGCCGUCCGCGUCCAGUGAGAAGGCGUCUCGUCUGCGUGCGGUGGUGAGCGACGUGCUUCCUAUCGACGUGCACCGCGCGUGUCCCCUGGCUCCCGGCUCUCUCCCGCCGCAGGGGGCCGACUGUCUGGUGUCCUGCUUCUGCCUGGAGAGCGUGAGCCCAGACGUGGCGUCCCUGCGGCGCGCCCUGGGCCACCUGUCCUCCAUGCUGCGUCCAGGGGGACACCUGCUGCUCAUCGGGGCCCUGGGAGAGAGCUACUACCUGGGGGCGGCCGGCCUGCGCAUCCCCGUGGUGGCCCUGGACGAGGCACAGGUGUGUAGCAGCCUCAGCAGCGCCGGCUACCGGCUGCAGCAGCUCAGCGUCUACACGCUAACGGCCGACAUGAGCGUCGGCGUCGAUGAUGUCACCGGGGUCUUCUUCGCCAAAGCCAGGAAACCGUAGCCAUGGAAGUCAUAGUCAUAGGCCAUGGGACUGGUGCCAAUAAUACCAUAAGCCAGGAAAGAAGGCAAUAUUGAAGAGCAGAUCUCAUCACAUCACAUCAUGUCUUGUCAUGUCAUACAACACCGGAAUGAAUUUGUAAAGCCAGGAAACCGCAGCCAUGGCAACACUAAAGAGUAGCUCACGUCAUGGCACGUUACGUCACGAAACAUGUAAAUUAAAAAACAAAAAACAAUUCAUGAAUGUGUAAAAGGUCAUUCAGAUAACAUCAAAGAAUCAGAGACAGAGAAAGCUGGAAAUAUCGUACCCAUGGUAGUUAGCAGUGGCAAAGAAAUAGAAGACAUAGACGAAGAUGAUAAUUAACUAUGAUAUCUACCUUAGUAUAUAUCCUAAAUACAAUGUAAUGCUAGUGAAAUAUAGUUGCAUUUCCAUUUCUUGUGUAUGUUAUAUUACACAAAUAUAAUUAGUGUACUUACAGUAAGUGUAGCGCCUAGGCGCUAACCUAGGUUGUAGUAAUUUGUACACCCAGGCGCUAACCUAGGUUGUAGUAAUUUGUACGCCCAGGCGCUAACCUAGGUUGUAGUAAUUUGUAUGUUCUACCGUAAUAAGAGCCUCUGGUGUUUAUGACCUUGCAUCCAUUCAAACCAUUUGAUGAUGAAAUUCCACUUUUACACCACACGUCUGUGGUCAGCUUGACAUGUUCACUAUU